AUGGCCUUCGCUGGCGUAUCUCUCAUCGCCGACGGCAGGCUGUGCGCCUCCACCGAGUCCGUCUUCGACUCCGGCGCCGACAGCGGGUACCACUUGCUCGUCGUCGAAGGCUACUCGCGCACAAACGAGACAACUCUCAAAGGCGUAUUCAUCAUGUCUCGUCCUUUCAUUGUUGGAGGCCGUCGCUGGAAAGUCGAGUACCACCCUAAUGGCUUAGGCGAUGAUGACUCCCAACGGGAUGAGCAAGAGUUUAUCUCGGUCUUCCUUGUCGAGGACGAGUAUCUCAAGAACGUCGUUAAGGUUCACGUCGCCUUCACUUUCAUUGACCAGCCUGAGUUGCGAGUGCCAAACCUCAUCCGUCAAACGCAGCCAUGUUACUUCCUUGAUGUCUUCGGUAUUACCGAUUAUCAGCCAAAAAGAUUUGUGGAAAAGGAGGUUUUCGAAAGAUCAAGCCAUCUCAAGAACGAUAGCUUCGUACUCCGGUGUGAUGUCGUUAUCCUCGAGAGGAAGGACGAUGAUGACGAGGACUAUUAUGAAGAGGAGGAGGACGAGAAGGCUCGUCCGUUCAUCAAAUUGCCACCGCCCGACUUGCCAAGCCAUUUCAGUGACCUGCUCCUAAGCAAGGAGGGUGCCGACAUUAAGUUCGAGGUUGGCGGCAAGAAGUUAUCUGCACACCGGUGCGUGCUUGCAGCUCGUUCUACCGUCUUCAAGGCACAGCUCUAUGGCGCCAUGAAUGAGGGCGCUGAUGCACCAAGUGUCGUGAAGAUAGAUGGCAUCGAAGCAAGUGUCUUUGAGAGCUUGCUUACUUUCAUCUACACUGACGGAAUGCCUGUCUUUGAGGAUGCAAUGCCUAUUGGGUUUAUGAAUAGUGACAAAGGUGAAAAGCAUGCAACAUGGCUGCUGCAGUUGCUUGAAGCUGCGGAAAGAUACGGUCUCCAAAAGUUGAAGUUGAUCUGUGAAGAGAAGUUGGCCAAUCUGAUAUGCAAGCACAUGGUGGCCGGCAUUAUUGUCGUCGCUGAGCGGAGACGGUGCCGCUGGUUGAAGGAGGCCUGCUUGGAGUUCAUCAAAACUCACACGAGUUUGCACACAGUUUUUACGGCUGGUGGCCUGGAGCAGAUAAUCAGGACCUGCAACCCCUACGUACUCAAGGAGCUCAUUUCCAAGUUUGCUACGAAGAAAGUGGCAGCAGUGGGCGCCGGUGUGGAAGGGAUGAAUGAUACGGGCGCAGGUGGCAAAGCUGAAGCCGGAGACAAACAUGAUGCUGGAUCCAAGAGGCGUAAGAUGAAUGCGGCCUAG